UUGUGUCAUAAGGUGACUCUCAACUCCCCUCUGUAAGGUGUGAUGGUUUAGUCCGCAAGCGCGCCGCGUACACACUAGUUUCUACGAUCAAGAGUGUCCUGUAGGUAAAACACGCUCUCUGUCAGCCAUUUAUCCCGUGAAACGACUCACCCUUCUGUUACAUUUCCGCGUGUUUCACUAUCUGACUGAGGAAUAAAAUAAAUUCACGGUAGCCAUGUCAGUUUCCGAGCCACCGUCAGUGGACUCUGGCGGAGCGGGAGGGUACGGAGCCUUUUACCCGGCUGGAUACCAGGCGCUGAACCCGGAGGAGCACGGCCUAGACCGCGGCUUCCGACUCACGGCCUUCUCUGAUAUGAAAGGAUGAGGGUGUAAAGUCCCGCAGGAGACUCUGCUCAAACUCCUGCAGGGAUUAGAGCCUGACCGUCCGCCCGGGGAGGACGGCGGCUCGGUGACGGGUGUUGGAGACGAGACCGCGGAAUUCGGGCAGCUUGUUUCAGUUGCUCAGGGUCCUCGACUAGGUAUUGGAAUGGACUCAUGUGUGAUCCCUCUGAGGCAUGGUGGUCUGUCCCUGGUCCAAACCACAGAUUUCUUCUAUCCUUUAGUGGAGGAUCCUUACAUGAUGGGACGAAUUGCCUGUGCAAAUGUUCUGAGUGAUCUGUACGCCAUGGGCAUCACAGAGUGUGACAACAUGCUCAUGCUUCUCAGCGUCAGUCAGAAGAUGAAUGAGAAGGAGAGAGAUCAGGUGAUGCCUUUAAUGAUGAAGGGCUUCCGUGAUGCGGCAGAGGAGGCUGGGACUUCGGUAACCGGGGGACAAACAGUCGUCAAUCCCUGGAUCAUCGUCGGGGGCGUGGCCUCUGUGGUGUGCCAGCCCAAUGAUUUCAUCAUGCCUGAUAGUGCUGUACCUGGAGAUGUGUUAGUUCUGACUAAACCUCUGGGAACUCAAGUAGCAGUGAAUGCCCAUCAGUGGCUGGAUAUACCUGAGAAAUGGAACAAGAUAAAGUUGGUGAUAUCCAGGGAGGAGGUGGAGCAAGCUUAUCAAGAGGCUAUGCUCAAUAUGGCCACCCUCAAUCGCACUGCUGCUGCCUUAAUGCACAAAUUUAAUGCACACGCUGCCACGGAUGUCACAGGCUUUGGGAUCAUAGGUCAUGCACGGAAUCUCGCCCAGCAGCAGAAGAAUGACGUUGCCUUUGUCAUUCACAACCUCCCGAUUAUCUCCAAAAUGGCUGCAAUCAGCAAAGCUGGUGGCAACCUGUUUGGGCUUUUGCAGGGCACCUCUUCUGAAACAUCAGGUGGUCUGUUGAUCUGCUUGCCGCGGGAGCAGGCAGCCCGGUUUUGUGCCGAGAUGAAAUCCAGUCGUGUGGGUUUGUCGGGAGCAAUGGGGCAUGACGGAGGGGCAGGCGAUGGGCAACAGGCUUGGAUCAUUGGCAUCGUGGAGAAGGGCAAUCGUUGCGCCCGCAUCAUUGACAAACCUCGGAUCAUCGAGGUCCCGUACCGUGGCUCUGUGGUCAGCGCACAGGAGGGGAGCAACAAUAAUGCCAGUCCUCCUGAGGUGCAGCUGACAUAACAGCUCCACAGCGCCACGGAGGCUCUCUCAGUGAUCAUCAUUCUUUACCCCUGUCCCUUACUACGUCCUCAGCGGGCUUGAUAGAUCUGAAUGUGUGUGGUCAUAACAGACGUGGUGUUUGUGUGAAGGACAGGGUAUGUGUGUGGUAACUUCUGCUGUCCAUUUCCUCCCCCUGUUCAACCAAAGGGUUGAGAGCAACAGACCAAAAAUGUUUUAAUUUACCUGGUGGGAGAGGGAAUGGACAACAAGCAAACAUGUUUUCAUCUCUCAUUCUCCAACUCAUUCUUUCAAACACACACACCUCCACUUUGUUUCCCUUUUUUGAUUGAGCAUUUUUCAAUGUUUACCAGCUGUUUUUUAAAAGAAUCAAACACCCAAACAUGAAAAAGCCAAGUUAUUUAUCAUCAUGUUGCUAAAAACCUGUAUGCUGCUACGUGUUCAUUUUUUACAUUUUCGUGGAACACAGGCUACAGUUUUCAACCGAUCAUAGUGACCAUGUCUAUCAAAAAAUGUCGCAGAAUGUUACCGUCUGCCCCUCAUGUCCUGUGAGAUAAAGCACGCCAGUCAGCAGAGUAAACUAAAAGCAAAUCCACAAAAUGUCCUUUUGAGGCCAGACCCUGCAAAAAGUGGUUUGUCUACUCCUUAUUUUUUCUUAUUUUCAAGCACACACAUCUAAAGAAACAUUUACCUGAGAAGCAAAAUGACAUCUUGUUUCAAAAAACUGUAACAAAAUGAGUUUAUGCAUACCCCAUAGACAAUUUUUUCUUACUAUGACUUUUCUUAACACAGAUAUUUUCUUGUUUUAAGUUUAAACUCACUUUUUGUCCCCAUAAAACAGAAAAAAAAAAUCAUAUCUUUAUGCUUCUCAAGGAAAUGUUGAAUGUAUAGAUAUUUGUGCUUGAAUAAAAAAAAAUACUGAGUAAUGAAGUCACGUUUUUCUGUCAGCAAACAACUCGAGUAGCGGUCACUGAGUAAGUGGAUAAUUAUGGUUAUAUGGAAAAGUUCUCAAUUCAUUUCAUGUUCCUCGAAAAAAUAACAACAUACGGGUUUAAAAUAAUGUGAGGUUGAGUAAAUAAUUAAAUAAAAUUUACAUUAUUGGGUGAACGAUUCCUUUCUCUAGAAAACGUGUGACCAAUAACAUUUUUUUGGGACUUUUUUUCCAUAAGUUUAAACCAGUUUAAACCAGCUCAAUUCUUUCUGCUUUAUGAGGUGGUGGCUUUGAGACCUCACACUAAAAUAAAGCCAGGCUUACUAAGAAAACAUUCCAAUGAGUUCUUGAUCAAUCGAACGCUUUGAACAGCAAUGAUCCUAAAAUGACAAUCAAAAGUGUUUUCUUUUAAGCCGUCUGACUAAUGUGUCAAAGCUGGAGACACUGCCACACCAAUGCAUCCUGGGGCCUGAAUAAUCUCAAUUGUUGGUUUAAUCAAGAUAUUUAAUUGUACAAUCAAUAUUUAUUUUGUGUUAAAGAUUUAAAUGCAAUUAUCCAAAUUUCAAGUGUUUUUCAUGUGUUGUUGAUCUCGUGUGGUCCACAUAAGUCUGAAUCUUCCACCUGUCUUAGUAGGACAUCCAUGUAACAUUGACAUAUGCCUGGUAAAAUGAGGUUAAUGUUCUCUCUUGUGGUUCGGUUUCCUGAAUAGAGUGACCUUCUGCUGGUUAGAUUAGGUAAGACUGGUUCUUCAUUCAUUAGAAUAUGGACAACAUGUGUCAUGGUUUUAGGGGUAGCAGUUAAUUCUGAAUGAUUGUGUUGAGUCAUAUGGAUGAUGUGCAUCGUAAACUCUUUUUCUUCUCUCUUAUUCAGUCUUUUGACUUUGAGCAGAAGAUAAGGUAGUCUGGUUCUCCUCCUUGUAUCUGAGAAAGGGUUGAGCAGCUUUCUCUGGUCCAACGUGUGAGCCCAGAAUGCCUGUUGUGCCAACUGAAUGGCUGGGACAGAACAGCAGUGUCCACAGUCCUCUUUAUGACACCUCUCUCUUUCACCCCAGCUCAUGGGACGGGUGAGGUUGAUGUUAGAUAGGAAGGGAUAGGCUGAUCUGCCAUGCUCAUUCACUUGCCACUGGUUUUUUCAUUGCAGUUUUCAUCCAUUAAACAUUGCAACUCAAUAAACCAGUAAUUUCUCUAAA